CUAAUAUAUAUUUUACACAUAUUGCACAAAUAAGCAAAAGCCAUUAGAAACAAAUCAUCAAAUUAUAAAUAGUACAACAAUGAAGACCAAUAUUCUGUGUUGCAUCGUUUUUCUCUUUGUCACGUGCCAUGCUUACUGUCCUGCGGAGCAUACUGGAGAGUUACCACCAGGUGUUACUGAAGACGAUCUGUUGGAUCCCAACGUCGGAGUCGCAUAUAACGAGGAUUCUCCAGACCUACCGGAAGAAUUGAGAAAUGCCAUUACACUAGAUGAAUUGGAUGAUUUAGAACCCCCAUCCAUAAGCGGGGAUAUUUUAGAGAACAGCAAAUCGAUGCAAGAAAUCAUGGAUGCAACAACGAGCAAAGAAUUCUUAGAAUUAUUUGGUGUAACACACGACCAGAAAGUACCAGCUAUGGAACUCUUGAAAUUUGUAUUGGAACAUACAAAAAUUAUACCUGGAUACCUGACAAAUGUUUUUUCAGAAGUUACCAAAGUGAACAGUCAAACAGAAUUUGAAGAAAAAAUGUACGAUGAAAAUGGAGCAAUGAUAUUGAUGUCUAAUGUUUUGAAUCAUUUCCAACAAAAUCCCUAUGGCGGAAGACCCAAGUCUGAAGAUUUAGGUGUAGAGGAAAAGACCAAAAAAGAAGAAGAAGCUAAAAACAAGAAAGCAUUAGAAGAUGAACCCAGAUCGACUAAAAAAGACGAACCGGAACAAGAGCAAAAGGCUGGAGAAAAACAAAGCAGAAUCGAGCUUUGAUAAAUGAACAUCUUGUUAUGUGCCGCCACAAUCAACUAUAUUACUGACUCCUGGAUCUGAAAAGAAUCAACUCAAUAAAAUUAGACAACGCAAAUACUGAUACUUACUUGUAUUUACCUAUUUCAGCAAAGAGUUUCGUGUGUGUGUGUUUUUCAUUGGCAAAGCAUGUCAUGUGUCUUGAUGCUUGUAUUCUUGUAACCGUUGAUCAGUUUAGACUGGUCGACUACCAACUAUUUACCGAGGCCCCUAGAAUGGAGUAGAUUAUUAUUAUUUUAAUAAAUAUCAAUUCAUUGCA